AUGGGCGGGAAGAGAACGGGUGCGGUGCGGGCACGGAAGCGGGCAAAUGCAUGGUGCUUGAGAACGUGGGUGUGGGUCCUGCUAGAGACAAGGCAGAACGGCAGUGGACAGGGGUCCACCUGGCUUUCCCGUUUCCCUGAGAAGAUGUGGUGCAGCCAGGUACCGGAUCCUGGGAUUACCAGAACCCGACAGGGCGAUCCCUUCCUCAAACGACCGAGGAACAUUAAACCACCACGUUUUCUGGGCUUCCAACUGCUGCCAAGAUCAAAUGGAGUGGCUUUCGAGGGCGGGCUGAGGUGGAAUUCCAGACGAAAAGCCGGGGCUGAUGGGCAGAAAUCCUUGCGCCUAGCUACUGUACGGUAUCUCAUCACCUUGUACGUGUCGAAUACUGCCUUUACGUGGUCGGUCAUUGAGGUACCCUCCCACAUGCAGCUGCCAAUUACAACACUGAACUUUGGCGCUAGGCAGGUACCUCGUACAUCAAGACCACAAGCAGCAUGGGGAGGGGGACCUUCCCACGGAUUGACUUUUACUAUUGCCUGCAUAAGCCGUGCAGCGCUUCGGCCCAUCAAACACACAAUAAGGAAGAUCUCUGCGCAAGACUUUGGUCCGUGGAUUUUGAUGACGAGGGUCGCGCCGAGGUCAACGUCCUUUUCUGUAGCUCUCUCGUACGAUGAAAAAAGCAACAAGGGCCAACGCUUUACCUAUGUAGUCAAUAACCCCUUUGACAGCCUGGUAAAUUACAUGGCAUGGCCCAUUAAAUCGCGCUGCAAUCUCCCGCACCAGACCCCUCCCGUUGCUGAACAAAGUUGUAUUGGUGCUGCCGCCUCGCAAGCCAAGCUUGCCAAGGUCCCUAGGGACCACCUGGGUAGAUGGUACCCCUACGGCUACCAUAUGCAUCAACGAUGUACUCCGCAACUAAGUCGAGUUCCCAAGGCGAUUCGAUUGUCGCCGCAGGGUGCGCCCCACGAGGUAGGUAUUCAGUUCACCAUGGCAACUGAGGCGCACACCGCACACUAGGUACAACGCGCACCCAAAUGUGAAUGAUAUCUACGAUGGUCGCAGGUUGCCGCCCCGUCGGGUUCUAGACUAGCCUCCCAAGCCUCGGUGCUACUGGUCAAUAUGAUCGACCAACCACGGCAGGCUAUGGCCAGUGCAGUCUAGUCUAGUUCUAGGUACUCUUUUCAAGGGACCUACCUUGAUAGGCAAGGUAGUACAGGUAAUUAGCGUGUUUAUCCCCACGCGUUCGACGAACCCUGAACUUACGCUCGCGUCGAUUUCACCUCGAGAUUCGAUUGCCAUGCCACGGGGAGUUUGUGUGCCGUCAUUUCGGGUCGCUCUGGCGUGACAACGCACGCACUGCAAUAAAGGUGCCUUCCUUGCCCUGCAGCGGCUGGGAUGAUCUGUAUCACAGCCUUCACUACAAAGACACAAUCCACGGUACCCACGUACCUAAGGUAGCUAGGGACUGGUCUCUGUACGGCCGGGGCUGAAUUGUUCGAAUUACAGAGCUGAUCAGAGCCGUGUCCAUCUGUCAUUUUCCUAACUAAUAGCAAACGUCACGGCCGAAUCUAUCUCUGGUCUACCUACAUGAAUGGGAUGAAUAGCGUUCAUGAGUUUCAGUGUUCCAGCUGCCCUGAGCAACGCCACAUCUGCCUUCGACCUGGCUAGGUUGCAAGUCCGAUCCAAGGGAGCACAUUGCCGUCG